AUGACCAGUCAAUCUGAAAUAUUAUCCAAUACAAUUGUUAAUGAAAAUAUUAACUAUUCAUUAGUUGGUAACUACAAUAAUGGAUCAACUAAACGGAUGUUGAAAGACAUAAUCUAUGAAUUAAAAUUAUUAAAUGAACAAAUGCAAAGAUUGAACUCAUUUCAUGAGAUUCAAUUUUUUUCAAUUAUGGGUAUGGCUUAUGGUAUUAUACUUGUCUUAUUAAUGAAAAAGAUCUGA